AUGCUGAAGUGGUACGGCAUUGAGCCGCAAGGUAAUUUAUGGGAUACCAUGCUGGCCAAUUACGUAACGGAGCCCGAAGGCAAGCGUAAUAUGGAUGCCCUCAGUGUCAAGUACCUGCAAUACCAGCCCGUUUCCAUUGAAACGCUGAUCGGUAAAAAAGGGAAGGACCAGAAGACCAUGCGUGAUGUGCCGGUAGACCAGGUGAAAGAAUAUGCCGCUGAAGAUGCUGAUAUUACGCUGCAACUGAAACAUGCCUUCAACCCUAUGCUGGAUAAGGAGGACGUUCGUAAUAUAUUUGAAGAGAUUGAAAACCCGCUGGUACCUGUGUUGGUGGAUAUGGAAUAUGAAGGCGUAGGUAUCGAUAAUAACUUUCUGAAAGCUUAUUCCAAAGAACUGGAACAGGAUAUUCUGAAAGCCGAAGAAGCGGUAUAUCUCCAUGCCGGCGUUCGCUUCAACCUGGGUUCUCCAAAACAACUGGGGGAAGUGCUUUUUGAUCUGAUGAAGAUCGAGGGCGGUGGCAAAAAAACCAAAACCGGUCAAUAUGCAACGGGGGAAGAAAUUCUGGUGAAGCUGCAACAUAAACAUGCGAUCAUUGAAGACAUCCUUACCUACCGCCAGCUUACCAAACUAAAGAGCACUUAUAUUGAUGCACUGCCUCUGCUGAUCAACCGGAAAACCGGGCGGUUACAUACCUCCUUUAACCAGACGGUGGCCGUUACCGGGCGCCUCAGCAGUAAUAACCCCAACCUCCAGAACAUUCCUAUCCGCACGGAUCGCGGACGGGAAAUAAGAAAGGCUUUUGUACCCCGUGCUGAUGGCUGGUACCUGGUAUCUGCCGACUAUUCCCAGAUUGAGCUGCGCAUUAUUGCGGCGCUUUCCGGUGACGAAGGCAUGAUCAGUGCCUUCCAGGCCGGCAAAGAUAUUCAUACCGCUACGGCUGCCAGGGUUUUUGGCGUCGAAGAGGCGGAUGUAAAUUUUGAUAUGCGCCGUAAAGCCAAGGGCGUCAACUUCGGUAUCAUCUAUGGGCAGAGUGCUUUUGGCCUUUCUGAAACGCUCGGCAUUUCCCGGUCGGAGGCCAAGACAACCAUCGACAAUUAUUUUACGCAGUAUCCGGGUAUCAAACAAUAUAUGGAUGAAAAUAUCCAGCGCGCCCGUGAGCACCAGUUUGCACAGACCUUCCUGGGCCGGAAGCGCUGGCUCCGCGAUAUACUCAGCGCCAAUGCAACGGUGCGCGGUUUUGCAGAGCGCAACGCCAUCAAUAUGCCCAUACAAGGUACCGCUGCCGAUAUGAUUAAACUGGCCAUGAUCGCAGUACAGAAGGAGCUGAAAAGCCAUAAGCUGCAAACAAAAAUGGUACUACAGAAUGCUUUCGGGCUUGCCCACGUCGAGCAGCAGAUCACCGGAAUGGUCGUAGCCUUUAAUGAUAUGUCUUUUGGCGGCUUCGAGGUAGACAUCGAUCAUGGAGAAUUUUCCUUCCAGAUGAAUGUCUUGCAGCAAUGCCUGCGAAAUGAUCUGGAUACCGCUGAAGGCAUAAGGAUGUGUUUCUUCAGUAUAGCGGGAAAUCCGUUCCUGCUCGGUACCGUUAUUGCGCCAGCCGCAUAA